AUAUAGAUUGGCCCUCACUUGAUUAUUGUUUUUAUUUUGAAAUUUGAAAAGGGGAUGAUUGAUUGCCUCCAAAGCACGCACGCAGGCACGCGUCUCAAUGAUUCUCUCUCUUUGUUUCUGCUUAAUAUUUACGCUUCUCCUCUGAUCAAAUUUAAAAAAGAAUAAAAACACUCCUCCUUCUCCGAUUCGCAGCCUUCAUCAGGAAACUAGAGCAGAUAAGGUGAGUGAGAAACCCUUUGAAUUGGGAUUUCUCUUACUUUUCUUCGUCCUGUUCUGAUUUUAUCAUCCUUAUUAUAUCGCAUCUCCCUCCUCUCCAGUCCGAAGCAACAAGUAUGGAUCAUCGUUCAGUUAAAACCACUACACCAACGGUUAUAACAGUGAAGAUGUGGCCACCGAGUAAGAGCACACGCCUGAUGCUCGUGGAACGCAUGACCAACAACUUAUCAACACCUUCCAUCUUCUCCCGUAAGUACGGUCUUCUGACUCCUCAACAGGCCCAGCAAGACGCCAACCGCAUCGAAGACCUCGCUUUCUCCUCUGCCAACAAACACUUCCAGAACCAGCCCGAUGGCGACGACGGCACAUCUGCUGUUCAGAUCUACGCCAAAGAAUCCAGCAAGCUUAUGCUCCAAGCCAUCAAACGUGGUCCGAAGGGUAGAUUGUUUGAUUUAUCAGGUGGACGUAGAGCCUUCAUCGAUGAAGCCGAGGCGCGCGAGCUUCUGAGGCCUUUGGCUGAUCCAACUAAUAACUCUUACACCAAGAUCCGUUUUACGAACCGUAGCUUCGGAUCCGAAGCUGCCAAAAUUGCUGUUACCGUUCUGUCUUCCAUCAAGCAUCAGCUGAGGGAAGUUGAUCUCUCCGAUUUCGUGGCGGGAAGACCAGAGGCGGAAGCAAUCGAAGUGAUGAACAUGUUUUCGUCUGCCUUGGAAGGAUCCAAGCUUAGGUAUUUGGAUCUAUCCGACAACGCAUUGGGUGAGAAAGGGAUCCGAGCGUUUGCGUCACUCAUCAAGUCUCAGCGUGACUUGGAGGAGCUUUAUCUGAUGAACGACGGCAUCUCCGAGGACGCUGCGAGAGCCGUUCGCGAGCUGCUUCCUUCUACUGCCAAAAUCAGGGUUCUCCAGUUUCAUAACAACAUGACUGGAGACGAAGGAGCCGUUGCCAUUGCUGAGAUUGUGAACAACUGUCCUUGUUUGGAAGAUUUCAGGUGUUCUUCUACGAGGAUUGGUUCCGAAGGAGGUGUUGCGCUUGCUGAGGCGCUUGAGUCUUGUGGACGGUUGAAGAAGCUUGAUCUCCGUGACAACAUGUUUGGAGUCGAAGGUGGGAUUGCUCUGGGAAUGAGUUUAUCGGUGUUGAGUGAGUUAACUGAGAUCUAUAUGAGUUAUUUGAACUUGGAGGAUGAGGGAACAGAGGCGCUUUCCGAAGCUCUUAUCAACUCUGCUCCUUCUCUUCGAGUUCUUGAAUUGGCUGGGAAUGAUAUUACCGUGGAAUCCACUGGGAAACUGGCAGAUUGCAUCGCCUCUAAACAGUGUCUUUCGAAGCUGAAUUUAUCUGAGAAUGAGCUCAAGGACGAAGGGACUGUCUUAAUCGCAAAGGCGCUUGAUGAAGGUCAUGACCAGUUGGCUGAAGUUGACAUGAGCACCAAUAUGAUGAGAAGAGCUGGGGCAAGAGCCUUGGCGCAAACUGUUUUGAAGAAACAGAGUUUCAAGCUUCUGAAUAUUAAUGGAAACUUCAUAUCUGAGGAAGGUGUGGACGAGGUGAAUGACAUGUUUAAGGACUCCCCGGACAAGCUUGGUCUUUUGGAUGAUAAUGACCCUGACGGUGAAGAAGAUUUUGAAGAUGAAGACGAAGAAGAAGACAGUGAACUGGAAGCAAAGCUCGGAGGACUGAAAAUCAAGCAAGAGGAGGAAUAGGAGGAAGAGGUAACAUGAAGUGAUGCUUUUUGUUUUUACGUAGGUAUGAGAAGUUUUAUCCAUUUCUCUAAGUAUGAAUGUAAGGAGGAGGAUCUAAGACGUCUUAAGUUCUAUUCCCUUGAAACAUCAAACCUUUUAUCUUCAAGUUAACAAGAAGUGUUGUUGUUGUUGGUCU